AUGAAUACACCACGAUGUGAUUUACCCGACUCUUCAUCUUCGUUGAUCAACAAAACAAGUAAGCUCUGGCCAACGAAUCGCACGCUUACGUGGAAAUUAGAGACUGAUCAUUCGUUCUAUGAUCUAAUAAAAAUUAAUCGAGAGAUUGAACGAAGUUUUAAUGAUUGGGCUAGAUACACGAAAUUAACAUUUCGUCAGGCAGCUGACCACGAAGAUGCUGAUUUCAAUUUGUCUUUUGAAUAUGGUCAACAUUCCGAUGAAUAUAUUUUUGAUGGGCGCGAUGGACUUCUUGCACAUGCUUUUUAUCCAUGGCAGGGCAAUCGCGGACGAAUUCAUUUUGAUUCAACUGAAAAGUGGACGGACAAAUAUAAUGGCAAAGAUUACAAUUUACGUUUAGUUACUUCACAUGAAGUUGGGCAUAGUCUUGGUCUAGACCAUAAUACUGACAACAAAAAGUCAAUUAUGUACCCAUUUUACAGUUCAAUUCCCCCAGAAGAUAUGCUGCUAAAACAAGAUCAAAAAAGAAUUCAAGCAUUGUAUGGAGAAAAGUCAACAACGAUUCCAACUUUUCCACCAAAGACAAGCGCUCGAGCAACAAAUCUAAUGGAACAAUCAACAGAAACUGGAGAAGAACAAAUCGUUGAUGAUGGCGAUAAAAAUCACACAACCUAUCGUAUAAAGAAAUUUUCAAAUGGUGACUGAACUUCUGAUGAUGAUUAA